GUAGAGGGCAAUGUCGUGGGAGUUAUUGCGCCGCUGUGUUGUUAAGAUGCCGGUGGUGAACUCGGGUCUGAACGGUCAGUGCAGUGAGCGUUGAGGCCGUCGCUAUGUCGCUGUUCCGCUGUGGCCGAUCGUUGGGGUUUUUAUUGCAGUUACAGGCGGUCGGUCGAGGGCCUGCCUUAAUUGUGAGGUGUCUCCGGAGUGUCAGCACUGAGGCUGGAGGCCCGUAUCGCUGCUAUGGCCUGAGCCACCGGCAGCUGCUGCGGCUCCAGGGCCGGGAUACCGGCCCCUUCCUUCAGGGUCUCAUCACCAACGACGUCGAGGACGUGGUGAGCGGGCGCCGGGAGGCAAUUUACUGUCAUCUCCUUAACUUGCAGGGGAGGACAUUGUUUGAUGUGAUUCUGUACAGGUUACACAAAAGCCAAAAUGAAGAGCCAUCCAUUCUCCUGGAAUGUGAUGCCACAUUACUUGAUGCUAUUCAGAAGCAUUUUAAAGUUUAUAAAAUUCGAAGGAAAGUGGAGAUAUCCCCUUGUCCCGAGCUUUCCCUGUGGACAGUGCUCUCAUUGGAACCGUCAGCUAAAGCUGGCAGUGCUUUAGAAGUAAAUGCAAAGAAAGUGGUGGUGUGCACCCGUGAUCCUAGAACUGGUGCCAUGGGAUGGCGAUUAGUAUUGAGCAAAGUCGACGAUCCUUUGGCCGUUGUCCUAGGAAGUCAUCUAGGAGAUAUCCAGGACUACCAUAGAUAUCGGUAUCAAAUAGGAAUUGCUGAAGGUGUGAAGGACCUUCCAUCUGGAGAAGCAAUACCUCUGGAAUCCAAUCUAGUUUACAUGAAUGGAAUCAGUUUCACUAAAGGCUGUUAUAUUGGGCAAGAGUUAACAGCUCGGACUCACUACACAGGUGUGAUUAGGAAAAGAUUGAUGCCAAUACAACUGGACAACCCCUUACCACCUGGCAGUGUUCCUGAAAAGGCGCAGAUUGUGACUGAAUCUGGAAAAUCAGCUGGAAGGCUCAGGAAUUAUACCGGUGAUGUUGGCUUAGCCAUGGUUCGACUGGCCUUUGCAAAUGAACCACUUCGCCUGCGCACAAAGGGCGAUGCUCAGGUAUCGUUGAAGGCAUCAGCUCCAGAUUGGUGGCCAACUGAUGAAAAUAAAUGAAAAAAUGUUUUGUAUUGAAAACCACACUUUGUGGCAAGGUAUUUUCCUAAAUAAACGAUUGGAUUUGUGAAAGCUUUUUUGAGUUUUCAUUAACCCAGUAUUGCAGCUUCGCCUUCUGAUUGUUCUCUGGAACUCUCCUGGCAGUUUGGUGGGAUGAAUGUCUAAAAGGAACAUGAUUUAGUUGUCUGCAGGAAUCUUAUUUGAUCCCUCUUAAGAACUGAUUUUAAUUUUGAAACAAUUUGAGCAAUGUAAGUGCUAACCAGUGGAAAUGUAUUAAUAUGCGAAGAAUGGAAUAACUACAUAUCACAUGGAUAGUUAAUAUUGCUAGUUUUCACUUGUUUAUAUAAUAACCAUUAUUUUGUACCAUUAUUUGUUCUCUGACCAACUGACUCUGAGAUUCAGGGCCUGACCUUGAGCCCCAACUGAGAACAGCGGCAGGUGGUUGCUAAAGUUAGCAGUGCUGCUCUGUGUGCUUGUUCUCAGGCUCCGUCCUGCCUUGUAGGGGAGGGAAUGAUAGGAAUAUGUGAACUAAUGACCACAAAAUCCCAGUCACUGUUCUUCAACUCUUAUGUCCAGUCAGCCUGUCAGUUCCAAGAGGUGGUAGGGACCAGCUUGGCUGUGUGGAGUCACCCUUCUGUGUGCAGAUCAGGAGUCCAAGCCUACAUGGAGCGCAAUGUCCUUCCUCUUUCUGAUCGCAGCAGCAGUCACAGGUUGUCUGGUAGAAGAGUUUUCCUUUGCAAGGUGAUGGCCUGGCUGCAAGAGUGGCUUUCAAAAUGUGAAAAUAUUAAGAUAGUAUACCUCUAUUUUGAUGCCUGCCGCCCCCCUUGACCCAACUUCUAAGUAUUAAUUGGUGUAUUCAAGUAAAAAUCACUGAGUGAUUGUUAUCACUGAGUGAUUGUUUCCCAUAUAGGGUGAGCCUUUGACCACUGUUUGAACUUAAUGGUGGGAAAAAUCCAGACCUAAGCUUCGGGAACAGGAGUAGAACAUUUAACCUCUUGUGCCUGCCUUGCCAUUUUAGAUUAUGGCUGAUCAUCUGCCUCAAUGUCUUUUGCUGCAAUUUCUCUAAAUAUCUUUAAUGUCUAGAAAUCCAGCCAUGUCUUUUUAUGAACAGAGUUAACUGACUACCCUUUAGCACUCUGGGGCAUAGAAUUCCAAAGAUUCGUUAUUGAGUGAAGAAAUAUCUGUAAUUUUAGACUUAAAUGUGUCUCUGCUAAUUAUGAGACACUGUCUCCUGGUUUGUCACUCCACCCCAAGCCAUAAGAAAACAUAUUUCUUUUACAUACAUCCUAACACAUCCCUCAAGAAAAAUCUUCUCUUAUUGUAAAUGAGAGAAUAGAGGCUCAGUAAAGUUUCUGCAACCUCCCCAUGUAAACAGACACUCCUUUGGAAUUAGUCUACUGGAUCUCCGCUGCACUCUCUCCUUAGUGAGUAUAUCCUCCCUUGUGUAAGGGAACCAAAACUGUGCACAACACUCAGCUGUGGUUCACCCAGCAUUCUAUUCAAUUGCGGCAAAAUCUUUACUCCUCUGUUCUAACUCUGUGCCGGUGAAGGCCAACAUAUCAUUUGAUUUCCUAAUUGCUUGCUGCCCCAGUAUAUCAGCUUUUGGUGAUUUGAACAAUUUUUUUUGUACAUAUGUUUAUUUAUAAUUGGUCAUUAAUCUUUCUGACUGUGGGAUGAUGUGGGAACCAAAAAAAUUACAAACACAGUCGAGUUGGUCUUUUGAGAUUGCCUGAGUACAUUGAUGAAAUGAAUGAAGGAACAGAAAUUGUGUUCCUAACUUGGCUGUAUCUGGAAUUUCUUGGUGAUAGUAACUGACAAAAAUAUAAAUUGAUUUGAGCAUAAGAUCAUUUGAAAACUUAAUGUUGUACAUUGUUGCUGACUCAGGCAUGCAAUAUUAGUGUGACUGGAUACAUUUUCCCCAUCUGCUUAUGGAAAGCAACAGUUUCCAGACUGAUUACUUUCCUGAGUUACAAUAUUAAUUUUUCCCUUAAUUCUUCUUUGGCCCCCCCUCCUCCCACCCACCAACUACCAGCACCACCCAACGGAUGGGAAACAUUGUAGCACAUGAUUGCUAGUAUCAAUGUCAGAAUGGUAGCUUAAUGUUUUGUACUUGGGAUGCCUUGCUAGAGGGGAAACUACUGAGUUCUGUCCAGUCAUGUUAAAAGACCAUUGACAUGAAACACUUUCUCUGCUGUCAGACCAGCUGAAUACCUAUGACAUUUUCU